UUUUGUCGGACAAAACCAGGUCUUUGGACAAAACGAAGAUAAGCUUCCUUGUUUUCCUUGGAUGAUGUACAGGAAUACAGUGAAUUUCUUAUAAACAGGUUCAAUAAACCUCCUGCAAAACAAAGAUCUAGUCCAACUGCGCAUUUUGUGCAGCGACUAGUAAGUAAAUAAGUAGAAUGAUUAUAAAAAGGUGAUCGUACGUAACCUAUUAUCUCAAGCAACGAAAAUAGCCACCAAAUAGCCAAAAUGAAUAAGCUGGCAGUGAAUUUCACGAAAAACCCUCUCUUUUACCUUCGUUUUUUAUACAGUGCACAGAGAAUAGCGCCAAUCUUAAGGCCUUCGAGUUAUUAUACAACGACAGUUGACGCAAUGGAUGCCUUUACAAUAGAACUAUUACAGCGACAUCGAAUCAAGGUAAAAAGUUCCUUUGACAUCAACAGUUUAUCAAUAAGAUACUUUAUGGAUACAGAAAACCCACCUAAAGAUGUUACCAAGAUGACUGUUGAAGAAUUGGAUGCCAUAGUAUUAGUACUUGUGUCUAAAAACAAAGACAAAAAGUUGACAGAGUUUAUAUUAGAAUGCACUGAAGCACAUAAGAACAUAAGUGAUAUUACUCUUAAAAAAGUAUUCCGACACUACAGUGUAGCUGGAAAACCUGACAUAGUGGAGAUUCUCCAGAAAUAUUGCGUAAAAGUAGAUCCGUGUGUUUAUAAACGUAAUGGAGAAUUCAUGCAUUAUUUGGCGAAGUCUCAAUGCAUGAAGGGUAAUUCAGACAAAGGACUUUCAAUAUUAACAAGCUGCUAUAAAAAGAAUGAAGGUUUAAGGAGUUUUUAUAGAGUUAUAUUCAGAGAACUUAUACAAGAUUCAGUGCUGAAUAGAUCGGAAGCAUCUCUAGUGAUAUUUAAGAAAUAUGUUACAAUGUUCAGUGAAGAGAUGGGAGACCAUUACCCUCUGGUUUGUUUCUGGCAUCUUUGUUGGUCCAGCUCUUGGUUCUCUGACCAGAUGCUUGCAAAUGAACUGCUAGAAACUUCAACAACACUUCAAGAUAUUGUGAAAGACAAGGCAACAGCGUUUAGCAUCAGCAUUCUGCGUCAGGAGUACAACGAGGAUGCGGUGGUGCGUCUGUUGCAGUCUCUGCUCAAAUAUGACAUGUUGACAGAGUAUGCUAAAGUCCUCCAAGUCUUGUUUGGUUAUAAAUUGAGAAAGCGAGACGUCCGCGGUUGCACCGAGAUCAUCCGAAACUGUGAGGUCCUGGGCAUAGCUCUUCCGUCCGACCAGCAAGGGAGAUACAUCAAAAUGCUCAUCGACGGCAAACAGAGUGACAAAACGACCACAGUCAAACCCAGUUCUAAGAACUUUAAACUCAAAUUCUGAAGUUGUAUAUGUAUUAAUUAUGCUACUUAUGUUAGGUAAGCAGCUGUUUGACGCCGGUACAUGCGUACUGAUAUAAAAAAUCUAAAGUUAUCAGUAGUGUUGACGAUCCAUGAUUCGCAAUUUGGAUCAAGAUCUAAUUUACAUCAUGACCCCAGGGGAAAUGAUCUGAUUGACUGUAAAAUGAGUGUGGAGCGGAGCUUAAUAUCGUUCUUCUAGUCAGUAUGGAUUCCCGUGAACAAAGUGAUAAUUAGAAAUGACGAAGAUUUAUAAAAUGCGACGCCUGUGUGUUUAUUAUCGCCAAAAGAGAACUGUAAGAACGCUUUAUAGCGAGUCGCAUUCUUCAUACAAAAUCACUUUACUGUGUACGGUCACGAGCAUUAAUUAAUAUGUAUACACUUUGAUACCAUGUCACAUUAACUUUUUUGACAAAGUAAGAUAAGUCUCACUAAAUGUCAAAUAUGUUAGUGCGACAGAGUCCUAAAGUGGGUACAUUAUAUUGCUCAUAAUCUGUACACAUCACAGCGAGCUCAGAUACCCGCAUCAAACUCUGACUGGCCUUAUAGUUGCCUACUUGACAGUUGUCAGAUAUUUAAGUAUUUUAAAAAUUACAAACGCUUAUUUUAUGCCUCUUAAAAUAUUUUAUUUUCUCGAAAAAGGUUUAUAUAUAAUAGAAAUAAACAUUUUUUUCUUCUUUAAUUUCCAAUUUCGCGCGAAAACGGUUGCUCACGUGAAAUUUGCCCGGUGACGUCACAUUUUAAUAAACAAAGAUGCUGGCAAACUAUGCGUCACUUCAAGUGACUUGAAACCUGAAAGAUAGUGUUUGUGUAACCUCACACAAAGCUUAAUCAUGGCCGCCCGCGUUUUGGGUCUUGUAAUGCACAGAUAAAAUUGCAUUAUUUUGUAAAAAUUAUCUUAAUAAAAAACCUAUUGUAUAAUUAUCGACAUAUUUCAUAUUAUUACAACUGUCAAAUAGGCAAAUCAUAAGUACUAUUGUAAAUAUUGUAUUUAUUAGACUGUAUAGAUGUACAAAUAUAGGGUUUUUAAAUUAUA